AUGAUCUUCGACGUGUUGAAGCGUACGAUCGUUGGUCAGGCGCUAGACGCAGCGAAGAUAAACGAGCUGCUGAACGUUCUGGAGUGCUACCAGUUUAGCUCCGGGGACGUGGUCGUGGCGCAGGGCUCGGUUGGCAGCCGCUUCUUCAUCAUCCAACAGGGCGAGUUCGUCGUGCUGGUAAACGAUCAGUGCGCUGCGUACUUGCAUGAGGGCCAGGGAUUUGGCGAGAUCGCGCUGAUGUACGGAGUUGCGCGUACGGCGACCGUAAAGUGUUCGGUGGAUGGGCUCACGUGGGCGAUUGAUGGUGCGAAGUACCGUUCGUUGGUCGAAAACCAGUCGAAGCAAACGUUCGAGCGUAAUAUGAAGUUCAUCGACUGCGUCGAGAUCUUCAAGUCACUGACGAAACAGCAAAAAGGGUUGAUCUGCAACGCGUUCAUUCCCGCGCAGUUCCAUAAAAAGGACAUAAUCGUGAAGCAGGGCGAGCCCGGCGACGUGCUUUACGUGAUCAUAUCCGGCGUUGCAGAGGUCUGGGUGGACAACAGGUUGGUGCGGCAGCUGUCGAAGAACGAUUAUUUCGGAGAGCGCGCGCUGCUGUACAGCGAGCCGCGCAGCGCAACGAUCAUCGCGUCGACUUCGGUAGAGUGCGUGAGCGUGUCGCGUUCGAUGCUGGAGAAAGUCGUUGGCGACUUAGAGUCGCUGCUGUUUGUGAACUCCAUUCGGCAGACGAUGCGCGGCUGCAACGUGUUUCGCGGAUUGACUGACACGCAGAUCAACAACAUCGCGAAAGCGUGCAAGAUUAAAAGCUUGCCGGCUGAGUACGUGUUGAUCGGCGACCAGUCGCGCAAGACAAACAUCCGUUACGUGAUUUUGCUCGAAGGUUACGCACUGGUGACGUUGGACGGCAAGAAGAUUCGUCGGCUGUCGCGCGGCGAAGGGUUCGGCGAGGAGUACGUGCUGCGCUCGAUGAGCUUGUUCAUCCAUCGGAUCGAUACGUUGACGCCGUGCAAGAUAGCAAUCUUCACUUAUGAAAACAUUUUCGACAUGCUGGACACGACAGACAUUUCCACGACGCUGGUGACGAACAAGAAGAUGAAUGUGAUUCUCAAGAUGUACAUUUUCCGCUACCUGUCUUCGCAGCAGCUGGACCUGCUGCUCGCGAACUUCGAGGAGCGCGUGUACCGCAAAGGCGACAUAAUCUUCCGCGAAGGCGAGUUCGGCUCGAGUUUCUACAUCAUCAGUGAGGGCGAGUUGAGCGUCGUGAAGAACGGCACGCGGCUGCGCACGCUGACCAAGAACGACUAUUUUGGUGAGCGUGCGCUGCUGUACGAAGAGCCGCGCAGUGCGAGCAUCGAGUGCCUUAGCGACAAGGCGGUGCUCUGGGUGGUCACGAAGUCGGUCUUUUUGAGUGUUGUCGAAGGUGCGCUGCUGCAACACUUGGAGGAGCGCAUCCAGCUGCAAGACACGUCAGUCACUUUCGAGGACCUCACCUUUUUAGGCGUAAUCGGCUCCGGCGCGUUCGGCACUGUGAAGAAAGUGAAGCACAAGCGCACGGGUACGCGCUUCGCGCUGAAGUGCGUGCUGCGUUCUGCGAUUAUCAAGUACAAGCAGACGAAGAACAUUGUGCUUGAGCACCAGAUCAUGGCCGAGAACGACCACCCGUUUAUUCUGAAGCUCGUGAAGACGUUCAAAGACCGAAAAUACAUUUACUUCCUGCUCGAGCUGUGCACCGGCGGCGACCUGUACGAGACGCUACGCACGCUGGGACUGCUGAACCGCAAGCAGGCGCAAUUCUACUUGGCAAGCAUCAUCGUAGCUAUUGAGUACUUGCACGAGCGCUCGGUUGUGUUCCGCGAUCUGAAGCCCGAAAACGUGCUGCUGGACUACCAAGGCUACGCAAAGCUGAUCGACUUCGGCUGCGCAAAACGCAUCGAGUUGCGCACGAACAGCAUCAUUGGCACGCCUCACUACAUUGCGCCAGAGGUUAUUACUGGAAAGGGCUACGGCACGAGUUGCGACAUUUGGGCGUUCGGCGUAAUAUUGUUCGAGUUUAUGGGCGGACCGCUGCCCUUUGGCGCGGACGUGGAGGACCAGCUGCAGGUAUACCGCGAAAUUCUGGAAGCGCCGUUGAUCUUCCCAGACACGAUCACGGACGAGGACGCCAAGAACUUGAUCAAGAAGUUUCUGUGUCGUGUGCCAGAAGUACGCAUAGGCUGCAAUCUCAAGGGCUACGCAGACAUCAAAGAUCACGCGUUCUUCUCAGACUUUAGCUGGGACAGUUUGCUGAGCCGUGCGCUGGACCCGCCGUUCGUGCCGAAGUCGGAGAUCUACGCAGAGUCUGGGCAGCACUUGGAUCUGGCACACGAGGACGACGAGGACGCGGCGACAGAACUGGACGCAGGGCAGGAGGCGUGGGAUGCCGGGUUUUAA